UUGAUGUAAUUUUUUUUUAAACUAAAAUUUUUAUAAAUAAUUUAUUCAAUAAAAUCAAUAUGUUGUCAAUUAAAACUGUUAAAAUUCAUGGAAUGAAAGACAAGAGAUGGACACUGAGAGAUAAAUUAAAUCAAUAUCGUGGAAUAAUAAAAUUAAAUAAACGUGAAAAGAAGAUUAAAAAAAAUGAAGCAUCAAGAAAUCGUAAAAGAAUAUCACGUGAAUUGAAUAAAUUAAAAAAUGAAGUUAAAAAUUAUCGUGAAAUAGUCAAAGAAGUUCAAGAAGGUGAUAGUAGAAGAAUUCAUACAUUACUUCAAGGACAUAAAGAUUUUAUGCUUGCAUUAGAAAAUAAAAAUCCAGGAACUGUAUACAAAGCAGUCAGUGAAGAUGUUUGUCUUCGUAGAAAUCAACUUGAUAAAUUGUACAAUUUAAAGAGACAAAAAAUAAGAGAAUUUUUCAAUUUAAAAUUGGAGUGUACUGAAUUGGAGGAAAAAUAUGAAGAACAAAAUCGUAAAGUUGAGCCAGAUAAACAUCAACAAAAAAUAGUUGCACUUUAUCAAAAAUAUAUUGGUGAAGAAAAAUCAGCAAAAGCAACAACUGCAACUUACAAUUCAAUAUUAAAAAUUCUUGUUAAAGAUGGAAUUUAUUAUAAUGCGUUGUUAGAUGCAUUACAAUCAGAUCGUGAUGAACAGUGUAAAGUUAUAUACAGUGCAACAUUACUUGGUCAACUUGCUGCUGAAGAUCUUGAUGAUACACGUGAAAAAUAUAAAAAAUUAGCAAAAGAUGUUUGGUUUAAUAUGAAAGAACGUGAAAAAACAUUGAAAAUAACGAGAAAUGAAGUUGAAAAAUUAUGGGCAAAUUGUCGUUCACUAGUCAGAGUUGAGAGUUUAAAUGAGCUUAAAAAAAUUGAAGAGAUUGUUAAAAAAAAUGAUAAAAUUGAUGACAAUAAUCAGCUUGAAAUGAAAAAACUAGAAGAGACAUUUGUUAAAGUUAAAAAUGCAUUAAUGGUUCGUUCAUAUGACGAGUUACUGACCAGAUUUGAAGAGCAAGCAAAUCAACGUGAACGUUUACUUGAAAAAUUUAAAUCAAUACUUGAAAAACAUAGUUUAAUACUUGAUAAAAAAAAUAAAGCAUCAAUGAUACUUGCAAAUUUAGAUCAUUCAAUGGUAACAACAACUGGUGAUUAUAAAACAAAUAAAAAAUACAUGCUUGAUGAAAUUAUAAAUCAAAAUAAACGUGAAUUAGAUUAUAAAAAAUUACGUAAAACAAGAGGUGAAUUAUUAAUAAAUAUUAAAGCUGGUUUACAAAAUAUGAUUGGUUUAUUAAUACAUAUUAAACCAGGUAAAAAUAUUAACACAAAUAAAAAAACAACAAAAGAUAAUGAUAAAAAAAAAAAGAGUAAAAAAAAAAUUAUUAAAGAUGAUAAAGAUAGUGAUGAUGAUACAAAUAAAAAUGAACAUUUAAAAAUUGAAAAAAUUGAAACAAAUGCUAUAAAUUUACUUGAUGUUGUAACUAAAAAAUCAAUAUUUCUAUACAACUUGAGUAAUUUCGAUUUGGAGGAUGAUCAAGUAUCAGCUGCUAGAAAACUUUAUCAAAAAUACGUUGAAAAUUUUAUGACUAAAUUAAAAUAUGGUGAUGGUGAACCAGAACCAACAGGAAUUCAUGUUGAGCAUGAAAUAAUUGACACGACAGUUCAAACAAGAGUGUCUAUUAAAAAUCGUAGUAAACAAAUUGUUGAAACAAAUUCAAGACUUCAUUAAAUAAAAUUGAAUAAAUGAAAAAA